UACAGCUUGGAGUAAGACAACAUGCAUAAAGAGCAAGAUGUGGUCAAAAUACUCAUUUGCCUAAUAAUUCUGCACUCCCUGUAUUACUCAAUAUUGCACAGCUAUAGUAAAUAUUCCUAUACUCUUUGUACAUACAGGAAAUAUCAAUGCAAUAUCAGAGUCAUACACGUUAGGUAUAUUUUGAUAUGUGAGACAUAUGGAUAUACAGUUAAUAUAGUUUUUGCAUUUGUCCUAAUGCAUGCAUGCUCUACUUCAACAAUGAGAGAGCAGGGUACUGAGGACUCACUGCUUCCAUACGUGCUGCUGUUAUUUAUAUAUCACGGUUUGUGUUCAACGUUCUUAUAUUUAUGAACUUGUACGACCAAUUCUUCAAGAAAAUGGUGAUAAAAAGCUACCAUGUACAACACUUCCUUGAAACUGGGGUAACUAGAAUAUUAAUAGCGCUGUAGUUAGCAACACUACUGCACUUCGGCCCGGAUAAAGUGUCACUACACGAGCGGGGUUUGUUCUCGCAUUUGUUCUGCCGCAGUAGCCAAUAACCCCGUUCGUGCGGCAACACCCUGCGUACAAAUGGAGCGCACCAGCUACAUGUGACGUCGCAUACCGAAUUAGCUGCGUUCACUUUGAUUUGCAGUAGCAGCUAGCUACCGCUCUGUCAACGGAGGAGUCAACAGAAUAAGCAGCAGAAAAAUGUCCUCUCCUAUUGAAGCAGACGAGGAUGAGGUGGAAGAAGAAGUGGAGUUUGUAUCAGAAGGCCCUCUCAGACCCGUACUGGAAUGUAUUGAUCUUCUGAGUGAUAGUGAUGAUGAGGGAUGUUCAUCAUUAACAACCACGCUUGAAGAUAAAAUCAGCCGACAUAAAGCACGCGUUACAUCAACACUGGACAAACUGGCACACCAGGUGGCUCAAGAGAAGAAGCAGAGGGCUGAUAAAUGUAGGGCAUUUAAGGAGAAGCAAGUUUUGCAAAAAGCUCAUGGACAACAGGAGCUGGCGUUUAGUUCUACAAAUGGCAUUAAUCAGGAAGCAAAGCGCUGCGUAGACAUGUGGUUAAAGAUGCCAGGUCUUCAGCCCGGAGUGAUCAGUGCUGGUGCUGGAAGAAGACACAGACCUGCUUCUUUCUCCAGAAACAGCUCAACUAGACACACUUGUCCAGUAAUUAACUGCGGUCGAGUUUAUGACAAUGCUUCCCUCCUUGAUGGCCAUUUAAAAAGGUUUGACCACUCCCCUUGUGACCCAGCAAUCAAUCUUAGAGGAAGUCCGUCGGAGCUCUUUGCCUGUGUUGCCUGUGGCCAGCAAUUUCAAACUAAAGAAGCAUGGAAGAGACAUCUAGACUCUAAGGUGUCCUCAUGUAGCGCUGACGGCCACAGCAUCGAUCAGACGUAUCAGCGGAUCGUGUGUUUUGCCUGUCCUGCCUGCUACCUCCUCUUCAACCUUCGAGAUGAGUGUCUUCAGCACAUGUCGGCCAAAAAUCAUUUCGCAGAGUCACUCGCCAUGAACGAAACCAGAGGACGAGCGCUGCCAGUUCCUGUUCCACAACAGGUUAAGAAUCGCCUCAUCGCUUUAUGCAAGGAUGUGACGUUCAGUGUCCGAUGCUCUUUAUGUCACAAAGCACUGGUCUCACAUCAAACAGCUCAAGCUCACUUUAAUGUGUACUGCAGACAAGGCUGUGCUGUGGCAAAGGCUGAUAAAACUAUAGUGCAAGUAAUGAAACAGCUGCAAGUGCGAGGGCAGUGUCCUCUCUGCUGUAAAAUCUUCUUCAGCCAAGCUGAAAUCGAGAGCCACAAAGAAUCGAUGCAUCAUGAUGUUGAGGUCAACCAAACAAUGGCAGGAGCGCUUCUUCAGUACUGCAGGUUUAGUGAAAUUCAACACACCCGGAGGACUAAAGAGGAGCAGGAGAGAAGACAGUCAACUGGCCUUGAGAUGCCUUUUCAAAAAAGGAACAAAAAGAGAAAUGAUUGUGAUAGAUCCCCGGCGAAACGGCAGAGAUUAAGUACAAGUAUGAACGCUUGCAGUAGCAGAAACUCAGCAACAGCAUGGUUUUGCGAGUGCGGUGUGCAGUUCUCAGAGGAGGCUACAGCCAGUAAGCAUCUUCUGGCUGUGAACCAGAUCUUCCAUCAGUGUGGCGUGUGCGGCAAACACAUGGGAGAGUCUUCAAUCACCCGCCUGCAUAUGAGUCGCUUUCACGGAGGGGCACAUCUCUCCAACUUCCUCUUCUACUGCCGCAAGUGCAAAGUGGAAAUGCCUCGAUAUGAAGAUAUCCUGUCGCACGUGUCAGAAGCUCACAGCGGACACACCUACUUCACUGAACGAGAAGUGCCUGAAGAGCUCGCCACAGUCAUUGAUGCCAAGCCGUCCACUAGCAGCGAAGUCACCCUGCGCUCAUCCUCGACAACCAAAGUCCAGCAGAGCACAGGAGAGACUUCUUCAAAAGUACAGCGCACUUGGAUGUGCAGGAUGUGCGAAGACAUCUUUGACUCCGAAGCGUCCGUCCGCCAACACUGUAGUGAUCUGAGUGCUCACAGCUUUCAGAGAUUUAUCUGUGGACACUGCCCUCAGAAGUUCUUUAAAGAGUCCACUGUACGGAGACACUGCAUUAAUGAGCACAAUGGGCAGAUACAGAGUUCCCAUUUUUGUGGCCUCUGCGACAGCAUGCAGUUUGAAUCUGAGGACGAGUUCAUGGAGCACUACAAGAGUCUUCACAGCAAGGACUACUACUGUAUGGACGAUGCUGAAGUUGUUCAGCCGGCUACUGCUGCUGAAAGGACCGGUCAGCCUCCAUGUCCAUGCAUGGGAUCUGAAGAGGGCAAAGCUGAAACCAAAGCUACCUAUACACAGUGCAUGAGGAAUCUGGCUGCUGAAGGGAAAUGUCAGUAUGUGUGUGCUCCUUGUAGUGUAUCUCUGUCAUCCUAUGCACAGAUGAAAACUCACGUCCACACAAAGCACGCAGCCUUGAACCUGGACAAGACCUUUGACGUAGAAUGCAAAGACUGCCAGGAGAGUUUUAUGAGUGUACCGAGUUUCCAUAAACAUUAUCACUCUCAACACUGUCCACUGGAGCCCUGCACGAGUUCCAGGAGCUGCAGGAAAGAGCCGAAAGCAGAACCAACCACUGUUAAAAUACUAAGUGCUGUGGAGAUUAAAGCGGACAACGACGAGAUAGAAGACGAAACACUGGUGAAGUUUUUGAGUAUGGACCAAGCCGACAAAGAGAGUGAAGCACAUGAAAAUGAAAUGGAUGAUGAAAUGAAUCACGCACUGUCACUGAGCGCAGACGAAGCAAGAGAGUCAGCAGAGUUGGAAGAAGCUCUUAAAAGAAGUCUUCUGGAGUUCUAAGAACUUGGCAGUUUGUUUGUUUUUUUUGUUGACAUGCUGUUCAUUGAGCACUGUAUUGGAAUGUUUUGUACAUGGGAUUUGUGUUGAGAACGUGUAAAAUAAAUGUUAGUUAUUUUA